AUGUCUCCCCUUCACUUCAGCUUCUACUCCGCAUUCACAUUCAGCUGCCUAGGAUUAGCAUUCCACCGAACCCACCUUAUCUCCGCCCUACUUUGCCUAGAAAGCAUAAUAUUAUCUAUGUUCAUCCCCCUCUCAAUAUGACCCCUCGAAAACCAAACCCCAUCAUUCACCCUCGUACCCAUCCUCAUACUAGCUUUCUCAGCAUGUGAGGCUGGUGCUGGCCUAGCCACGCUAGUAGCCUCAACCCGAACACACGGCUCCGACCACCUUCACAACCUAAACCUUCUACAAUGCUAA